UCGGGCGACGGACGCGCGUGCAGCAACAGCGCUCGUUCAACAGUUUCUUCACUCCACUCAUCACAAUCACGCCGGUUUUCUCGUCUCUCGUUCCUCGUUGCACUUUGCUCGUUGCUCGUUGCUCGUUUUGUGUGUCCAGUGGUUGUUUGUUGUUGGUUGGUUGUUCUUCAUAUCGGAUAUUGGACUGCGGUGGCGGUUUUCUUAUUGUGGCCGUCGAACGGAAUUGCCCCCGAGGAAUUUCUUACGAAAAAGGACACAUCCCCUAAAAAUUGGCCAUGGUCCGAUUGUAAACAACGUUAUCAGCGUUUAAUAAGCAGGUGUUAUCUAUUCAAAAUGCUCAUACGAAAGCAAAAUAGAUAAGGAACACGGAUUAUUUGAAACACUGUGUUAGUAUCGGUCGGUGAAACGUGUCGCAUUUUGAUUAUAUCAUGGGGAUCCUGUGGCGAAAACGGUCCCUGCUCCUGAAACUGAUCGUGAUCGUGGGCACAGCCUGGUUCACGAUCGCUUUUCUGAUGUACACCGACAACCAGAGCGGCAGAAGGAUGUCGUUGCCCCUGGAGGGUAACCAAAUCGACAGGGAACGGCCAGUUGAGAGGGUGGUGCCGUUCCGGACCGACCGGGCGGAGAAGACGGAGCCGAAGGUCGAAAGGGAGAAGGAUUCGGUGUUUGGAAAUGUUUUGGCGCCGCCGGUCAGCAAUGCGGGCGAGAUGGGCAAACCCGUCAUUUUACCCACAAAUAUGUCUGCCGAUGUGAAAAAAAUGGUGGACGACGGUUGGCUAAAGAACGCUUUCAACCAAUACGCCAGCGACAUGAUCAGCGUCCACCGGUCCCUCCCGGAUCCCAGAGACGAAUGGUGCAAGGAACCGAACAGGUUUCUAGAUAACCUUCCCUCCACAUCCGUAAUCAUCUGCUUCCACAACGAAGCAUGGUCAGUGCUUCUGAGGACUGUUCACUCCGUUUUGGAUCGAUCACCCAGACAUUUAAUCGAAGAAAUUAUACUUGUCGAUGAUUUUUCGGAUAUGGACCAUCUCAAGGACCAACUUGUCGAUUAUUUCGCAUCCGAACCUAAAGUCAAAAUCGUUAGGGCAAAGAAAAGGGAAGGUCUCAUCAGAGCCAGACUGUUAGGUGCUGCAAGCGCCAAAGGGGACGUACUAACUUACCUUGACUCGCACUGUGAGUGCACCACAGGGUGGUUGGAACCACUCCUUGACCGAAUUGCGAGGGACCCGACCACCGUGGUGUGUCCAGUUAUAGAUGUAAUUGACGACACCACUUUGGAAUAUCAUUUCCACGACAGUGGAGGCGUUAACGUAGGAGGUUUUGAUUGGAAUCUCCAGUUCAACUGGCAUGCCGUACCCGAACACGAAAAGAAAAAGCACAAGAAUCCUGCUGAACCCGUGUGGAGUCCCACAAUGGCUGGAGGGUUGUUCAGCAUUGACAGGAAAUUCUUCGAAAAACUGGGCACCUACGACAACGGCUUCGACAUCUGGGGCGGCGAGAACCUCGAGCUCUCUUUCAAGACGUGGAUGUGCGGCGGUACCCUGGAGAUCGUACCCUGCUCCCACGUGGGCCACAUCUUCCGCAAGCGGUCGCCGUACAAGUGGAGAACGGGGGUGAACGUGCUGCGACGAAACUCCGUCAGACUGGCCGAGGUGUGGCUGGACGAGUACGCCAAGUACUACUAUCAACGUAUCGGAAACGAUAAGGGCGAUUACGGCGACAUCAGUUCUAGGAUCGAGCUGCGCAAGAACUUGGGUUGCAAGAGCUUCAAGUGGUUCCUAGACAACAUCUAUCCCGAACUGUUCAUUCCCGGAGAGGCUGUUGCUAGUGGAGAGUUCCGCAACUUGGGCCACGGAGGAAAAACGUGCCUGGACUCGCCGGCGAGGAAGAGUGACCUGCACAAACCGGUCGGGUUAUACCCGUGCCAUCGACAAGGCGGAAACCAGUUCUGGAUGUACAGCAAAACCGGAGAGAUUCGCAGGGACGAGGCGUGUCUGGACUACAGCGGCCAAGAAGUCAUUUUGUAUCCGUGCCACGGAAGCAGAGGAAACCAAUACUGGGAUUACGACUCGGAUACGUAUUUACUGCGGCACGGCAGCAGCAACAAGUGCUUGGAGAUAAACGAAUCGAAGACGAAACUGAUAAUGCAGCACUGCGAUCCGAAUUCGUUGAGCCAGCGCUGGAAACUGGAGAACUACGACCGCAGCAAACUGUGAUCCGCUUCUGGAACGAUGCUGAUGAACAAUAUCAUUUUUGCGACCGUGUACAGUUUUAUUGAGGCAAUUUAGUGCGGGGAAAAUCGAUAAUAUCAACGGGAAUCGGUGCAUAUCUUCUAAUCCUGUAACGUUCACAUAUCUGGGAAUCACCCCGCACCUCUCAAUUUUUCUAUUUGUAUAUAUUGAUCAUUUUUUGUCUAAUUUUGUGUCGCUGUUUUUAGGUCGAAUCAUAUUAGUGUGGUGACUUUGCUCGGCCCCCCCAAUAAUUCCAUAUACAUAUCCUAUUGAUUUUAGUGCUCAAUAUUAUUACUAUACAUUCCAAUUAAUUUUUAUAUAUACUAUAAAAAAACGAAAGAACUUGUUGUACUUAACUAAGUAAUAAGACUGUUUUUGUUUGUAUGAUUCCAUGAAUAAAUGUAAAUAAAAAGUAAGAAAAGAUUCCGGAAAAGAUUUCUCAUCCGAAAAGGGUUGGAGAUCAAUAAUGUGGAGGCCCCAUCUGUCGUCGAUCCAGGGUUUAGAGGAUGCUUGGCUAUAGUUCCCUGUUUUCGCAUCUAUCGAUUCAGUUUUUACUAGUCUUCCAACCCUGGACGAUGUUUCUAUUAAAUUAUUAUUAUUGUUUUUUUACAAACAUGUGAUAUAAGUUUGAACGAUCCGUGUUCUUGUUUAUUUCCUGUAGAUACACGUCAAUUACAACAGGAAUAACAGAUGUGUUCAAUAGUAACGAAAUUUUAGUCCUUUAUUGUUUUUGCUCAAUAUUUUUCGGAUCUGUUAAUAUAUAUAAUUUUUUUUUUUUAAAUUUCAAGCCAUAUUUUGUGUAUAUAGGGUGAUGUUAUUUGAUUUAGAAUUUAACAUAUUAAAAACCUCCCGAUGGAUGUAUUCAUAUUGUACUUAAGCGAGAGUAAAUGAAAAGUUUAUGUAUUUAUAUUAUGUAGGCCAGUGUAUUGUAUUUUUAUAAUGUGCCUUAAUUUUUUCUGUAUAUAAAACGUUAAUAAAUAUUAUGUUGAUAUUU